AUGGCCUCAAAAUCCAGUACGAUACCUAUUGGGGCAGACGAGGACUUGGAGAAGGCUCCUCAGGUGGACAAUGCCUAUGCUACCAAUAGUAACGAAGAAGACCACAUCAGCGACCAUGCUGUCCCCGGCGAGAGCUUCGAGUACGGCAACUCGCUUUAUGCAAAGGUCCAGCGCCUGGCCGGCAAGUUCAACAUCGAACAGCGAGGUAUCGAGCGAGUGCCGGAGAGCGAGAGGACAGAUACAUCCUAUUUCAAUAUUGGCAGCAUGUGGUUGGCGGCAAACAUGGUCGUCAGUUCGUUCGCCAUCGGCGUUCUCGGCAAAUCCCUCUUUUACCUGGGAUUUGUGGACGCGAUCCUGGUGUGUCUCUUCUUUAACCUGCUGGGUGUCUUGACGGUCUGCUUCUUCUCGUGCUUUGGGCCGGCCUUUGGAUUGCGUCAGAUGGUGCUGUCGCGGUUCUGGUUUGGAUGGUGGGCUGUGAAAUUCAUCGCCAUCCUCAACGUCUUGGCCUGUAUUGGUUGGUCGGCUGCCAAUGCCAUCGUGGGUGCCCAGCUGCUCAACGCGGUCAACACGGACGUCCCCGGUUUCGCUGGCAUUCUCAUCAUCACCUUCUGCACCCUUUUUAUCACUUUCGCCGGGUAUAAGGUCGUGCAUAUUUAUGAGUACUGGAGCUGGAUCCCGACCUUCAUUGUCUUCAUCAUUGUCAUGGGCACAUUUGCUCAUUCGGGAGAUUUCCUCAACCUCCCCAUGAGUGCUGGGACAUCGGAGCUGGGCAAUUGCCUCUCCUUCGGGUCAACGGUGUAUGGCUUCGCAACAGGAUGGACCAGUUACGCCGCCGACUACACAGUUUACCAACCGUCAGACCGAAGCCGUCGCAAGGUAUUCCUCGCGACCUGGCUCGGCCUAAUUCCCCCACUGCUCUUCACGCAGUUCCUCGGCAUCGCCGUCAUGACAGCCACUGAUCUCAACGACGGGCACAACAAGUACGCAGCCGGCUACGCAGCCUCCGUCAACGGGGGCCUACUCGGCGCCGUCCUCGAGCCGCUGGGUGGCUUCGGCAAGUUUUGUCUGGUGAUCCUGGCGCUGUCAAUCAUUGCCAACAACUGCCCCAACAUCUACUCGGUCUCGCUGACUCUGCAAGUCAUGAGCCGGUACACGCAGCGCGUGCCGCGGUUCAUCUGGGUGUUCCUGGCGUCAUGCGUCUCUCUCGCCAUCGCCAUCCCGGGAUACUCGCAUUUCGAAACUGUUCUCCAGAACUUUAUGAACUUCAUUGCCUACUGGCUAGCCAUUUACUCCGGCAUUGCUGUCGCCGACCACUUUGUCUUCAAGCGUGGGUUCGGUGGAUACUGCCCGGAGCUGUAUGAUCAGCGCGGCAAGUUGCCUAUGGGUCUUGCUGCGUCUGUUGCUUUCUGUUUUGGUGUCGCUGGUAUGGUCACUGGUAUGAGUCAGUCGUGGUGGGUUGGGCCUAUUGCCCAACACGCGGGCGAGCUUCCGUUUGGUGGAGACGUGGGUUUUGAGCUGGGGUUCUCGUUUGCGGCUGUCUCGUAUUGUAUAUUGAGGCCGAUUGAGAUCCGGAUGGUGGGUAGGUAG